AUGAGCAAGCUCAACGCAUCCAGCUCCGAAUUGGAUUUGGAUCGACCCAACAUCGAAGACUAUCUUCCUUCUGGAUCCAUUCAAGAGCCCCACGGCAAGCUCCGCCUGCGUGAUUUGCUCGAUAUAUCUCCGACUCUAACAGAGGCGGCUGGUGCCAUUGUUGAUGACUCUUUCACAAGAUGCUUCAAGUCUAAUCCUCCAGAGCCAUGGAACUGGAACAUAUACUUAUUUCCUUUGUGGUGCUUGGGAGUUGUUGUCAGAUAUGGAUUUCUUUUCCCAUUGAGGGUGGCUGUGUUGACAUUAGGGUGGAUUGUAUUUCUCUCGUGCUAUUUUCCUGUGCAUUUCCUGUUGAAAGGGCAUGAUAAAUUGAGGAAAAAGUUAGAGAGAGGUCUAGUGGAGUUGAUUUGCAGCUUUUUUGUUGCAUCGUGGACUGGGGUUGUCAAGUACCACGGUCCACGUCCAAGCAUCCGGCCUAAGCAGGUUUUUGUGGCUAAUCACACAUCCAUGAUUGAUUUCAUUGUUUUGGAACAAAUGACCGCGUUUGCAGUAAUCAUGCAGAAGCAUCCUGGGUGGGUUGGACUAUUGCAGAGCACUAUUUUGGAAAGUCUAGGGUGCAUAUGGUUCAAUCGAUCAGAGUCCAAAGAUCGUGAAAUUGUUGCAAGAAAGCUAAGGGAACAUGUCCAUGGGGCUGAUAAUAAUCCUCUUCUUAUAUUUCCUGAAGGAACUUGUGUGAAUAACCACUACACUGUGAUGUUUAAGAAGGGUGCAUUUGAACUUGGCUGCACGGUGUGUCCAAUCGCAAUCAAGUAUAACAAGAUCUUUGUCGAUGCCUUUUGGAACAGCCGAAAGCAAUCCUUUACAACACACUUGUUGCAGCUUAUGACAUCAUGGGCCGUUGUUUGUGACGUGUGGUACCUGGAGCCUCAGAACCUUAAACCUGGUGAAACACCGAUUGAAUUUGCUGAGAGGGUGAGGGACAUUAUUUCUGUACGAGCGGGUCUUAAAAAGGUACCAUGGGAUGGAUAUUUGAAGUACUCUCGUCCAAGUCCAAAGCAUCGUGAGCGCAAGCAACAAUGCUUUGCAGAGUCAGUCCUCCGCCGCCUGGAAGAUGUCAUGCACCGAGAGGCGGACGACCUAAAGAUCGCACCUUUAGCCGAAAACGGAUCGAGCUUUGAAGAAAAAGGCGAGAUCUUGACAGAAGACGAGGGGAACUUGAAGGCAGAAAGAGAAAUUGAAAUUGAGUCGGAGAAUACGGAAUUAGGGUUUGAGGAUGGUGAUCAGAAUUCAGUGCCUCAGUUGAAGAGGAAAUUGCUCUAUGAAGGCUCGAGAUUGAUGGUUAUGCUCCUCACUUUGCAAGGGGGCCUCCCAUGGAUUUCCUGUUUUCCCUUUUUAAUAUUUUGGUACUCUGUUUUUUGUAUCUUGUAUCUGACGAUUGAUGUUUAA